GAUGGUACAAUCUAAAAUUCAGCAUAUGUGCAAAGUGAAAACGAUCCACCACACUCCAAAAGCAGUGGAAAACAAAUUCCAUCGUUGAAAAUGGAUUGUUGAUAUAAAUCAAGAAUUGAGGGAAAGGGGGAAAUGGGAUCACUCUUCAGUUCAGCCCAUAAAAGGGAAGAUAUAGAAAUGGCUCUUUCCAAGGCCAAGCAGAUUGUUUCUUCCAACCCUGUUGUGGUUUUCAGCAAAACGUACUGUGGAUACUGCAAUAGAGUCAAGCAGCUGUUUUCCCAGCUAAAAGUAACAUACAAAGUCAUUGAACUAGAUGAGGAAAGUGAUGGUGAUGAAGUUCAGACUGCUCUCGCAGAGUGGACGGGGCAGAGAACUGUCCCCAAUGUGUUCAUCAACGGGAAACAUAUAGGUGGCUCUGAUGCGGUGGUAGCAAAGCAUCAGCAGGGCGAGCUUGUUUCCCUGCUGGCUGAAGCUGGUGCUAUUCCUAAACAGUCUACUCAAUUGUAAAUUUCCAUUAGGGGCUGGAAAUAAAGCGUAUGUAUAUCAAAUAAAAUGGAAAGUUUAAACACUAUAUAGAAUGCUACUUUUGUAUUCUUGAAGAAAUAAUAGUGUUAUGCAUCAAAUUGGCGAACCUUUUGCCUGUAUGGUGAUUUAAGUGCAGUGAUGGUUUCUCUUUUCAUAU